AAUAAUUAACAGGCAAACCAUUCGUCUUAGUUGAAUAUAACAACGAAACCCAAAGAAAGGUUGAAUAUAAACGAGGUUCAAGGUUACAUAUGGAUGCGCUGGCCCGAAAAAGGUUACAUAUUAACAUAUGUAUGGGAAAAUAUAAUGAAAAGUUUAAAAAUCUUUCUGAUAUGCAUGUAACUUCUCAAAAUCAUUUUCACAGCAAACCAUUUCCUCCGAUGACGCUAAUCUCAUUGGUCCUGCCCUGUUUCCUCUUGGCUCUUUACUUUGCCUCGGAGCAUGUCUGUGAAAUUUCCCCUCAUGAUACGCAAAAACCUUGUGUCCUCAGCUGCAGGAGGUGUUAUGGCCAUUGGAGAUUCUACUGCUUCAGGUUGUGGUUCAGCACUAUCUUUCUUACCCAAUAGCCCGCCUUCCCCGAAGAGGCUAGUCACUGACGACGCAAUUCCAAGAUGAGCACUCAUCCCCAUCACCUUACUGAUUGCCUCAAAAGUCCCACCUGAUCUUUCCUUCAUUAUCAUCUCAAGAGCUUCCUUGUGUGCUGGAUCUAGAGCAUCAGGAUCUUUUAAUAGAUUUUGUAUAGCAGG